GGCAAUGGUGGGCGUGGCCAGACGCUUCCCUCGGGGCCCCUCCUUCCACCUACGCCCGCACAGGACGCCGGAAGUAGUAGGCGGUGCCGGCCACCGGGUAGCCACUUUCGGUCACGAAUAGGUGAUAGUGCUGCAGGUUGGAACACAGUCUAACUGAAACAGAAACAGCUGUGUUGGACGCUUAUAACUGGGUGAGGAACAGCCAAACUCUGCUACGAAGGUGAGGGUGUAGAAGACGGUUUCACGUCACACGUCAUACACCAUGGCAAGACUGAGCACAGCAACAAGACACAAGGUUGUUAUACUGCAUCAGCAAGGUCUCUCCCAAGCAAAGAUUUCAAAGCAGACUGGGGUUUCAAGAUGUGCUGUUCAAGCUCUUCUGAAGAAGCACAAAGAAACGGGCAACGUUGAGGACUGUAGACGCAGUGGUCGGCCAAGGAAACUUAGUGCAUCGGAUGAAAGACACAUCAUUCUGACUUCCCUUCGAAAUUGGAAGAUGUCCAGCAGUGCCAUCAGCUCAGAACUGGCAGAGACCAGCGGGACCCAGGUACACCCAUCUACUGUUCGGAGAAGUCUGGCCAGAAGUGGUCUGUACAAGGACGUGAUGAUGGAGAAUCACCGGCCCCUCACAUCACUGGAUGGACCCAGUAACAGGAAUACCCCAGAGAGAUGCCCCCGUCCUUAUUCCUCAGAUUAUACAGAGGAGGAUCACAGUGUCCCACAGGAGGAUCAGUGUGAAGACUUGAAUGUUAUUAAAGUAGAAGACUUAGACUUAGAGGAAGAGGAGGAGAUGAGCAUGAUAGGUGAUCUGCCGUAUAAGGAGGAGGAGGAAAUCCCUACAGGUAUCAGCACAGCAGAUGGACAGAAGAAAAGUAUUCCCUCAGAACAUCUCACGUCAGCUCCAGACUGUGCAAUGGAAGGAAACAAAAUGGCACAAGGAGUAAACCCCAAUACGUCAGAUACACAUCCAGUACCUCACAGUGCAGCUGUAUCAUGUGACCCCUCUACACACGGCGGCCAUUUUCCCGAUCCCCAUAAUGACAUGUCACUACACAGCAGUCAUUCGCCUGAGAAGCCAUUUUCAUGUUCUGAGUGUGGAAAACAUUUCAAGCACGGGUCGAUCCUUGUUCGCCAUUACAGAGUCCACUCACCCAAGGAAUCGUUCAUUUGUUCACAGUGUGGAAAAUGUUUUGCGCACCCAUCCAAUCUGGUUGCACAUCAGAGAAUUCACAAGGGCGAGAAACCAUUUCCAUGCCCAGACUGCGGGAAAUGUUUUACACAGAAGUCCAGCGUGGUGGCCCAUCAAAGAAUCCACACGAGUGAGAAGCUUUUCACAUAAAACCAGUCUGGCCAAGCACCAGAGAAUUCCCACGGGCGAGAAACUGUUCUCGUGUCUAUAGUGCGGGAAAUGUUUUACGCAGAAGUCAACUUUUGUUGAACAUCUGAAAACUCACAGUUGGAGCUUUUUUCUUUUUUUUUCUUUCACCUUCGGACUGUGGAAAUAUUGUCACUUAAUUAAAUCUAGAAAAUUCUCACAGUAAAUUAGAAGGUUUGGGGGGAAAACACGCAACUCCACCCCCCCCCCCCAAAAAAUAAAAAAAAAUAAAAGAA